UGAUCUAAGGUGAAGGCCAUGUGAUUGUAUGCACUUCACAGUUGCAGAGACCUUCGGUUUUCAACGGUUCUCCAUUGUUUUGAACAUGACAUCUGUUUAACAAAGUAGCAAUGGAGAAGAUAAACGAAUUUCUAUCUUGUCCAGUAUGCAAGACAAGUCACCUGCCAACCAGUGAUGAGUUACAUGAUGGAGUGUAUGCUACAACUUGUGGAGCUUGCGGCAACUUCUUCAAGUUCAAGGUCAACUUACCAGUAAGGUCAGAGGUCAGUUUUGUUGUGAAUGGACAAGAGGUCACAGUUGGAAAUGAUUAUGACCCUGCAACCUCACUGAAUGAGUACCUACGAGACAGCCGUCUGUCAACCGGAACUAAGUACAUGUGUAGAGAAGGAGGAUGUGGCUUAUGUGUUGUUGUGGCAACGAAACUCGAUCCUGUAACAAAGAAAGAAGAAAGUAAAGCAAUAAAUUCUUGUUUGUGUCCCCUGUAUAUGUGUGAUGGUUAUAAAAUAACAACCAUUGAAGGUCUAGGGAAUCUCAAGUGUGGUUUGCAUCCUAUACAGUCCCGCCUUGACAAAUACAAUGGGAGUCAAUGUGGAUUUUGUAGCCCUGCCCAGAUCAUGAAUAUGUAUGCGUUACUGGAAGAAGAUUCUGAACCAAGCAAACAUAAAGUAGAGGAUGCCUUUGAUGGAAUUAUUUGUAGAUGUACAGGUUACAGAUCUAUACUGGAUGCUAUGAAAUCUUUUGCCGAUGAUGGUUGUUCUACAACAGAUAUAGAAAAUUUGAGUACAAAGAUAUGUAAAAAGACUGGGAAAGCUUGCUCUGAAAAUUGUAGCAAACCAAAACUUGAGCGCCCACUCCAUAUGGUUCUCAGAGAUGCCCAGUGGUUCAAACCCACGACCUUGAAACAGCUGUAUGACCUUCUGGAUCAGUUCAAGGACAAGUCUGUAAGACUGGUAUUUGGAAGCACUGGGUCUGGAGUAUAUAAAGAUAUAGGACCAUGGAUGUAUGAGAUAUUGAUAGAUUUACAUGCAAUAGAAGAACUUUAUACACUUCAAAUGAAACCUGUCAUACAGAUUGGUGCAAACAUCACAAUCACACAGAUGAUGGAAGCUUUCAUUGACCAUGAUUAUACAAAGAAGCAUAUCUUGAAAGAAUGUUACCACUUCAUGAAGAGAAUUGCACAUACAAAUGUUAGAAAUGCAGGCAGUUGGGCAGGAAACCUGAUGAUGAAACAUGCCCACCCAGAAUUUCCGUCAGACAUGUUUGUCAUGUUAGAAACCAUCAAAGCCAAAAUAUAUAUUAAUGGGCAGACAGCAGUUUCCCCGCAGCAUUUAUUGUCAACUGAUAUGAGAGGGAAAGUGAUUACACACAUGACAUUACCUGAUAUAGACAAACAUGACAACAUUAAAUUCUAUAAAGUGGCUAAAAGAUCCCAGAAUUCUCACUCCUAUGUAAGUGGUGGUUUUAGUAUGAAUAUUGACAAGAGCAACCAUUUCCUGGUGAACGGUACUCCUACCAUUGUGUUUGCUGGCAUCAGUAAAAAUUUCGUACAUGCUACACAGACUGAAAACUUCCUUACAAAUAAUUAUCUUGGAGAUUCUGUCAUACUGAAUUCCUGUAUUGAUCUACUACGUGGAGAGUUGAACCCAGACCACGACCCUCUUGCUGGCAGUGUCAAGUAUAGAAUAGAUCUCGCUUUGGCCUUAUUCUAUAGGUUUGUCUUGCAUGUAUAUGGUACAAAUGCAGAUAAGAGAUUACAAAGUGGAGGAUUUCCCUUAGAGCGCCCUCUAUCUUCUGGUAAACAGUCUUAUGGUACAAAGAAAGAGGAAUGGCCCCUCACACAACCUAUGCAUAAAUUAGAAGGAAAAGCACAGGUGACUGGUGAGGCGUUGUAUAUCAAUGAUAUAGCACCUUCACCUGGAGAACUUCAUGCAGCUUUUACAGUAACAACAGUUGGUAAUGCUAAAAUAGCCAACAUUGAUAUAUCAAAAGCAAUGGCUAUGAGAGGAGUGGUGAAGGUGUUGUUAGCCAGUGAUAUCCCAGGCCAGAACAAUGCUAUGCCAGCACCGUAUGCUCCCGAGGAGGUGUUAUGUAGUGGACAGGUCAUGUAUGCUGGACAAGCUGUAGCUAUAGUAGUGGCAGAUAAAGAAGAGACAGCAUUCACAGCUGCUAAAGCCGUCAAGGUGACAUACACAGAUGUUAAACCACCUGUACUAACUAUUGAGGAGGCUGUGAAAGCAAAGAUGAUCUUUCCUAAUGUAGCUAAAGAUAUUGUUGUCGGGGACGCUGAAGGAGCAAUAGCUAAGUCAGCCCAUGUGAUUACUGGCAGUAUUGGGUGUGGUACACAGAAUCAUUUCUCCAUGGAAACACAGAUCAGUGUAUGUAUUCCCACAGAGGAUGGGAUGAAAGUGCAUGCAUCUUCACAGUGGAUAGAUUAUGCACAGAAAUCUAUAGCACAAGUUCUUGGUGUCCCCUGUGCUAGUAUUGAUGUAGAAGUAAAGAGACUUGGAGGGGCUUAUGGCUCCAAAAUUUCUAGAAACUUUGGUAUAGCCUCAGCAUGUGCUGUUGCUGCCCAGGUACUUAACAGGCCAGUUAGAUUAGCCAUGAAUUUCCAUACAAACCUUGAGAUGGUAGGAAAAAGGUUUCCAUACUUGGCUAACUACACGGUUGGUGUAACAGAUGAAGGUAUGUUGAAUGGCAUCAAGGUAACAUACUACUGUGAUUGUGGCUAUGCUGUCAAUGACUGUACUGUUGGUGACAUUAUGUAUAUGGGAGACAAUGCAUAUUAUUGCCCAAACUGGCAUAUGGUUCCUGUAGCAGUGCAGACUAACACAGCGUCAAACACAUACUGCCGGGCACCAGCAUCAACACCUGGAAUUUUUGUCAUGGAAACAAUAAUGGAACAUCUAUCAAAGACACUUGGCAAGGAUCCAACAGAAUUAAGGCAGAUUAACUUGUACAAGAAAGAUCAAGUGACCCCUGGUGGAAUGACCUUGAACUACUGUAGUAUCUCUGAUCUCAUGUUAAAACUGGAGCACUCAGCAAAAGUUGCUAAAAGGCAGGAAGGAAUUAAAAACUUCAAUGAGGCAAAUAGAUGGAAGAAGAAAGGUUUAUCGGUGGUACCAUUGAAGUAUGGUGUUCCAUGGAACAAACAGAAUUAUGGGGUCAACAUUGCUAUAUAUUCUCAAGAUGGUACUGUAGCAAUAUCACAUGGUGGCAUUGAAGUUGGGCAGGGAAUUAAUACAAAGGCAGCACAAGUUUGUGCCUAUGAGUUGGGGAUCCCAGUGGAAAUUAUCAAAGUCAAAGCAACAAAUACAUUAACAGCAGCUGGUAGCUGCUUUACAGGCUCUAGUGUAACAAGUGAACUUGUAGCUAAAUCAGUCAUAAAUGCCUGCAAGAUAUUGACUGACAGACUUGCACCUGUGCGGAGAAAGAUGGGUAAACCUACCUGGCUAGAGUUGAUAAAUGAGUGUUAUGUAGAGGGUAUAGACCUUGCAGCACACAGCUGGUACAAACCUCAUAGUGACGGUCACUACAAAUAUAAUUCUUAUGGUGUGACAGGCACUGAGGUUGAACUUGAUGUACUUACAGGAGAACAUGAGAUAACACGUGUAGAUAUGUUGUUUGACUGCGGAGAAAGUAUAAACCCAUUUUUAGACAUUGGCCAAGUAGAGGGAGCUUUUGUAAUGGGCAUAGGUUACUGGUUAUUGGAGGAAACAAUUUAUGAUGAAAAGACUGGGAAGAACCUCACCAAUGGAACAUGG